UUCGGUUUCGCUGAGAUUUUACGGAUUUUACGGUGCAGGUUAAUUGAUUUCUAAGAUAUGUUCAUUUAUUUAGCAGACAGCUAAAUUCCUUUCAAAAUGGAUUAUUGUGUAAAUGUGGUAAAGAAAACUAAGCGACAUUCUCGAGAGGAAUUAGAAGGAAUUUCUAAAGAGCAACUGAUAGAUCGAGUCAUUCAGCUAGAAUCCCAAAACUUUCAACUUAAGAACAUCAUACAGAAAGCAACUGGAUCAAAGGCAGUUGAAGACCGCAAGGACCAGGAGAAACAACGAAAAUUCGAUUUUUCCAAGUGCCACAAACGGCACAUUUUACUGCGUUUCUACUAUCUCGGUUGGGACUAUCAGGGCUACGCUUCACAAGAGGACUCGGCGAAUACUAUUGAGUAUCACCUGUUCAAUGCGCUAACCCGCGUGUGUUUGAUCGAGAAUCGUGAAACUUCCAACUACCAUCGAUGUGGUCGUACCGACAAGGGUGUCAGUGCGUUUCAUCAGGUCGUCAGCUUAGACGUGCGGUCCAAGUUUGCUCCGGAAAAGCAACUGGAACCGGAAUCGAUCACUGCCGAGCUCAAUUAUUGCCAGUUGUUGAACCGGGUGCUGCCGCAGGACAUUCGUUGUAUCGCGUGGAUGCCCAUGGUCAACCCGGUGUAUAGUGCUCGUUUCGAUUGCAACUCACGAACAUACCGGUAUUUUUUCCCUCGCGGGGAAUUGGAUGUGCCAGCAAUGCAACAGGCAAGCCACUUUCUAGUGGGAUUGCACGAUUUCCGCAAUCUGUGCAAAAUGGACGUUGGAAAUGGUGUGGUUACAUAUAUGAGGAAAGUUUAUGAUGCUUCUAUCAAGGAGUCGCGACGAGAUGGGGAACAAGGAAACUACGAUAUGCUGUUCUUUGAGUUGCGUGGCAAGGCUUUCCUUUGGCAUCAGGUUCGAUGUAUUAUGGCUAUUCUGAUCCUAGUUGGACAGGGAAAGGAAAAACCGAACGUUGUUAAAGAGUUGCUUGAUGUCGAAAGCAAUCCCCGGAAACCACAGUACAGUCUGGCCAGUGAUUUGCCUCUUAACUUGUACGAAUGUGAGUUCCGCAGAAAAGGCACCUUUGAUCCAGAAGUUUUUGAUAAAAACGCACCAAUCGUCGAAGAAGAUGACAACUUGGAUGGGGAAUCUGACUUGCGGCCAUGGGUGUAUGAAGAGGAAAGCCUCUCGCGGACGAUUGUAGAGCUUCAAGCGUUGUGGGCUUCCAGUAGCGUUAAAUCAACUAUGUGUCGAGAAAUGCUCAAAUCCUUACAGUUAAUAUAUAGUAAACAUUUUGAAACAAUGCCAGUGCCCAACUUUCAAACUGCUAGUCUGCUUCAGGGUGUGCAACGUAAGGACUACAUUCCCCUGAUGGAACGUAAAAAAUGCGAGAGUCUCGAGAAUCGAAUUGAACACUAUUCUAAAAAACGCCGCAUUCAGGUGAACCAGAAGGAAGACAUCAAUUCGCCGGAGGUUGAUCCGCUUAGUUAGAAGUGGUAUUGAAUGAAAACACAACUAAAGACAUAAGGGACUGACAAUUUGUGAACUCGAUAAUGAAAUCUGUUUAUUUACGCUUUCAAUUAGUUUAGUAAAGUUUUGUACACAAUUGCUGUAUAAUCUUUGUAUAACUGAUUUUGUUGUAAAUGUGCACUUUUUCUACGAUAUACUCAAGUUGUUUGAU